AACGCGUCAUUUCCGCUAUACCGACUGGCGGGACUUCUUCACCUGCUGGAAAUAUUAGGAACGGGUUGUUUACAGCCAUUAUAAGAUUAUUUUCAGGCACCGAAACGAAUCCGAGCUCUUAAAACAUGAUGGCGAGAAGCGGAAAAGACUCCAGAGGACUGAAAGACGACAUGGCCGUGUUCUCAAACGGGUGCCGGGAGGAGCCCUCAGCGGGGGACGCAGGAGUCUCGGAGGCCGAGUCCCGUUCCAAUGGAGCAGCAGCAGCGGUCAGCCCGCAGAAGUUCACCUUCAGCCCGGAGCCCAGCAUGGAGGACAUCCGCAGGAUGCAGGCCGACUUCACGGACGAGCGCGACUGGAAUAAGUUCCACCAGCCCCGCAAUCUGCUCCUGGCCAUGGUCGGGGAGGUGGGCGAGGUGGCGGAACUCUUCCAGUGGCGGGGAGAGGUGGCGGAGGGUCUGCCGGACUGGACCGAGUCCGAGCGGGAGCAGCUGGCGCACGAGCUGAGCGACGUGCUCAUCUAUCUGGUGGAGCUGGCCGAGAAGUGCCGCGUGGACCUUCCCCAAGCGGUGCUGCGCAAGAUGGCGCUGAACCGACUCAAAUAUCCCACCAGCAAGGUGCACGGCUCGGCCAAGAAAUACACAGAGUACAAGGACUGAGAGCUGGGGGGUGGGGGUGAGUAGGGUAAAUAAAACUUAACGUCUUAUUUCCAGAGACUCACUGGACACAUGUCUGCUAUAAGAGCCCAGCUCUUCUGGGUUCUGGUUCCGCUGUUAGAGACUCAGAGUUUCAGGGAAGAAGAUGUUUCUCCCUGAAGUUCCAGUUCAGGAGUUUUAAGAUUUCAGUUCAAAGGUGACAGUCUGAAUAACACUGUCCACUAUAACACGGAAACAUUGAGAGGGAUUGGGUCAUUUUUGUUUUUAACUAUGUAUUUUUUUGUAAACAUUUUUGUCUAGAUCAGUUUUCUUUUCUUUUUGCUUUUUUUUUUAACUUUAAAAUAGUAAAAAAGUAUUUUAAAAUCUGAGCUGUGUUCUGUGUUUCUAACAUAACCUUAAACCUGUUGAGUUACUUGGAUUUUUUACUUCAUUCCCUAGUCAGGAGGCUGAAUGUGGAGUAAAAUGACAUUUAUAAAUGAUGAAAUGUCCAGUUCUAUUCAGCAAAAGUUUCAGACAUAGUUGAGGGACAUUUUAACAUCUUUUUCUAAUCUGUUUGAGUCAAAUGUCAAUUUUAAUUUGAAAGAAUUUUGAAUUAUGUUUGACAGGGUUCUUUAAUUUGUAGCUGAAUUAAAUAGAUUUUAUGGAUUUAAAAUCCAUUUUAAAUUAAUUUAUUUAGCUAUUUAAACAUACUUGUCCUUUUGCACUUUUGCAACUCUUCAUCCUGUCAAUGGUAUAAUUCUGCAGUUAAGUUUUAGAAAAAGAGCAGAACUAUUUUUAAAAUGAAGAAAAUGUGAUACAAUUAAUAUCUUGGAGAAAAUAUCAGUUUGUUCAUUAAAGGUUAUAUUUAAAAUAUCUGUAAAUUGUCAGAUAUUAAAAGUUGUCAAAAGGCAAAGUUACUGCAGUUAUGAAAAAUGUUGACCUAAUUUUUCAAUUAUUGACAGUUUUAAAGAAAGUGACUCAGA